ACAAAUCGUUGUCGAAGCGAUUCUCAAGAAGGGGAAGGUACAGUUGGCUAUCCAGGGCAUAAUUUCGCGCUCGACGACCCUGGCAAUUGGUUCAGGUACCUCGAUGGAGAGGGAAAACGACGAAGAUAAAAAGGAUCUAGUUCACAACCUUCUCAGGAUCACCUAACACAACCAACUUCAUCUUCUUCUUCUUCUUCUUCUUCCUCCUCCUCGCCUCAUAUCAGCCUAUCUACUCCCAUCUCCCAUCUCCCUUAUCCCCUUUCCUCGUUGACCCACGUACGCCAUCACCGCAAUGUCUGCCGGUCCGCCAGAGUAUCACGGCGAUGCGCAGGCGGCGUUGCACUCGAACUCGCAAAGCUCAUCGUUGCGUCACGAGGAGAAAGCCUCGGUCCAUGACGAGAUCACACCAGCCCCUGCAGUGACGACGGGCGGACACGUUGCCACGGAGGAGUUUGUAAGCGAGGCCCAGAGGGCCGCUCAAGCCGGGCAGUUCAAUUUCCGAUGGGCUUCUCUGUGGGAACCGGCCGUGGUGAACCCGCUCAACGGCAAGAGCUACACGUUGCCCCUCUUCCGAAUCUGGGACCCUUACUCGGUGGCCUUUUGGAUGGCCACUUUGGGCUUCUUCAGCGCCUUCUUUUCGUGGUUUGCCUUUGCUCCCCUCGUCACUGAAGCCGUCAAGGUGGACCUGAAACUGACCCAGGACCAGAUCACAAACUCCAAUCUGGCGUCGCUGGGUGGCACGGCCCUGGUACGAUUUGCAGCUGGCACGGCCGUCGAUCGCUACGGACCGCGGAAAGUCAUGGCGGUGCUCCUCUGCCUUGGUGCUAUUCCUUCUGCGCUUGUGCCGACAAUUUCCAACAUUGGCGGCCUCGAGACUAUUCGGUUCUUCAUCUCGAUCCUCGGCGGCACGUUCGUGCCUACACAGGCUUGGACCACCACCUUUUUCGACAAGACAAUCGUUGGUACGGCAAACGCCCUCUCGGGCGGUUGGGGUAACCUUGGCGGUGGCGUGACGCCCUCGGUCAUGAUCGGCCUCUACGAGCGCCUUCACAAGGCCGGUCUCUCGCCUCACUUGGCGUGGCGAAUCUGCUUCCUCGUUCUUCCCGUGCCCCUCCUCUUCCUCAUUGCCCUCACCAUGAUGAUUAUCGGCAAGGACCACCCAGCUGGCAAGUGGUCUCAGCGCCACCAGUUGCCGGGAACGGCUGUAGAGGUCGCCCAAGGAGGAGACGUCCAUCUCGACUCUUCCGAGGCGCGCGAGUAUGAGCAGAGCCAGUCGGGACGCAUGGAAAAGGGACCUGCGAAAGGCGCUGACUUCAGGGAGACCGGCAAUCAACAAGUCACAACGGUUGACACCUCAGUCAGCGAGCCCCUGACCAUGAAGUCGUUUGUGGCCAUCAUCACUGAUCUGAGAGUCUGGAUGGUGGCGCUGUGCUACAUGACGACCUUUGGCCUUGAGACCUCCCUCGACGCUGCCCUGCCCCAGCUCAUCAACGGUCUUUUUGCUUCGCCGACUUUCACCGCCGUCGAUGCCGCCUUUGUCGCCUCAACAUACGGACUCUGCAACUUGUAUGCUCGACCACUUGGUGGUAUCAUCUGCGACCUUCUCUACCAUCGUUUCCGGCACAGAGGUCUCGGUGUCCGCGCCAAGGUCAUCUUUCUGAUUGCCACCGCCGUGGCACAAGGCGUCCUCAUGAUCGGCCUCGGUUUCUACGUCGAUUCGGGCAAGGCCAACCUUGGAGGCGUCAUUGGCUUCAUGGUGGCCCUGGCUACGACGGGCUUCGCUGCCAACGGUGCCGCGUAUGCAGUCUACGGUCACCUCCGUCCCAAAAACAUCGGAGUGGUCGCGGGCAUGGUCGGCGGGUUUGGCAACAUCGGUGGCCUCUGGUUCACCCUCAUCUACAAGUACCAGCCCGGUUUGAAGGCCAACAGGACGCUAGGCCGCAAGUUCUGGAUUGCCGGUAUUUUCAACACCGCGAUCAUCCUUCCCUUCGCUGCUGUUCCUCUUGGUGACGCCAACUAG